CCGGAAGUCUCGUAACAAUCGAGAGUUUGUUUCCAUGACAGCAAAUAAUAAAACAUAAUGGCGUCUUGUCAAAGCGUUCUGUGGUGGAAAUAAAUGCUAUUUUAGUUACCAGACGCUCCUGUAGCUGUGACAAUGUCACACAGCUACUACAACAAGCAAUGGGCCGAGGCCCAGGCCACACUGGUGGACAUUAUCCAGCAGGAGAUGCCACCAGAACCUCCCAAACCAGAAAGGGAUCGCCUGGCAGCAUUCCAGUUAUUGGCAACACUUUACAUCAAGUAUAUUCAGAUCUUCCGUCGUCUAGAGCAGUCAUAUGAUCAGAUUGUUCACCCACAGAAGCGCAGGGUAUUACGUCAUGUCCUUGAUGGCAUCAUUGGGCGCAUCAUUGAACUCAAACAUGAAAUGGUUAACCUUGAAUUCUCGGAAUACCAUUACUUUGAUGAUGUCCUGUCUGACUUGAAACUCACUCCUAAUGAUGUGGAGAUUCCAAUCCCCAAAUAUUUCAUCAUGGAAAGAAUGAAACCUCUAAAAGAACGUGAGAAACUCCUGGGUCAAAUUCUGACAAAGAUUGGACCACAGGAUCAGGAGAGGGACAAGGAGGAAGUCAAGAUGCCUCUGGAGGAAGCAAUUCGACUCAUCCAGAUUCAUGAGCGAGCCCGCCAGGGACGUCUCCGUGCGAAGUUCAUGAGGGAGAUCCGUCAGCAGGAGGAGAGAGAGAAACAGAGAUCCAGCAAGGGAGCUCCUACCCUUGAUCCCGACAUCGCUGCCAUGAGAAUACAGAAGGUGUGGAAAGGCUUUGCUCAGCGGCGUCAGACCAAACGUGAAAGAGACGAAGAAAUGAUCUUCAUUGGAAUGGCUCCACCCACCACCCUGGUGCCUCUGAAGAACACCCCCCAGGCUCACGCCCUCAAGACGGAGGACUCUCGGCGCCGAGUCCAAGACCAGAAUGAGCAAGAAUACCAGCAGUCUCUCAUUACCAUCAAGGACAAGAUCCGGGAGACCGAGGGACCCGACAUCAAGGAGACCAUGAUGGACCAGAUCAGACAGUGGUUCAUCGAGUGCAGAGAUGCUUCAGGGAAGUUUCCAGAAUACCCUGAUGAAGAUGAUGGUGGUUCGGCGGCCGUAUUCAAACAGAAAACUCCAGAAGAACUUGAACAAGAACUCAGGGAAAAGGAUGACGACAAAGGGAAAGGAAAGAAGGACAAAAAGGGCAAGAAGGGAAAGAAAGACAAGAAGAAGGACAAAAAGGGAAAGAAAGGAAAGAAGGGAAAAGGAGGGGAUGAUGAGGAAGAGGAAGAGGGAUGGAAAAUGGCUCCUUCCAAUUUUGUCCCUGCUGUCAAUGAAGGAACAGAUCAGUACAAAAAUGUGUGGCAGUUCAGAGACGAGAGUGACAACUUCUCCCAGAAACAUGAUGGUGAACUGAUUAAGGAGGAGAAACGCAAGGAAGUGGAGGAAGAGGUCAGAGUUCAGGUGGAUGAACUGAUGAGGACCGAGCUGAAGAACCUCAAGAUGGCGGUGGACCGUGACAAGGGGAAGAAGGGGAAAGGGAAGAAAUCUGGCAAAAAGAAGAAGAAGAAGAAGAAGAGUGGAAAGAAGGGCAAGAAGAAGAAGAAGGAGAAGGAUCUGACUCCCGACAGGACCAUCGAGGACCUGUACGAGGAGCUGGUGACCCAGGGCAUUAUCAUCCGGACCCCACAGAUCAAAAUGGCCGACUUUGAAGGAGAGUACAGCUAUCUGGGGACGACUCUACGUCAGGCUAACAUUGAGCCCAUGCCUUCCCUUAGUGACGUCCGGCGGCUGGUGACAGAGUUUGGCAUACUGCCGAUAGGGUCAGCAGCCGUGCAUGAGAGCGCACCCAUCACCAAGUCCAUCAUGCUUGCCGGACCACGUGGCACAGGCAAGCGGAUGUUGGUCCACGCCAUUUGUCAGGAGACGGGAGCCAACCUGUUUGACCUCAGUGCUGCGAACCUGGCUGGAAAAUACCCCGGGAAGGACGGCCUGAAGAUGCUCAUGCACCUUGUCUUUAAGGUUGGCCGUCUAAUGCAGCCCUCUGUGUUCUACAUCGGGGAAUGUGAGAAGAUGUUCAAGAAGAAAGUGCCAAAAACUGAUCCAACUGACCCGAAGCGUCUGAAGAAGGAGCUACCGAAGGCCCUGAAAACCAUCAAGUCCGAGGAUCGUCUGCUCCUGGUGGGCACAUCAAGAUGUCCGUUUGAUGCGGAGAUGAAACCCCUGAUGAGCUGCUACAACCGGAUCAUCCUCAUCCCCCGACCAGACUACGCGUCCAGACACUUGCUAUGGCGUCGCCUCAUCACCAAGUAUAACGGUGUCUUGACCAGCCACCUGGACGUCAGCUCGUUGUCCAAGGUGACGGACGGCUACACUCCCGGACACAUGGUGACCGCUGUCCAGCAGGUGCUCACUGACCGCCGUAUCCAGCAGCUGUCCAAGAAGCACCUGCAGGCUGUGGAGUUCGUGGCACCGCUGGCCAGGAUUGACCCCAUCUAUAAGGAGGAAGAAGAGUCUUUCAAGGCUUGGUAUGCCAAGACGCCCCUCGGCAAGAAGCGGGCAAAGGCAGCGCAGGGUGACGAUGAUGACGGAGGAGGAAAGGGAGGGAAAGGAAAGAAGGGCAAGAAGGGAAAGAAGGGGAAGAAAGGAAAGAAGAAGAAGAAAUAAGACUAAGGAUGACACUGUGAUUUUGUAUAUUGUGAACUUUGAAAUUUAUGUUGUUGAAAACAGAAUUAUGCAUACUUUCUUAAACUUUACUAAGUGAAGAAACACAGUUUGAAAUGCUUACUUACAAAACAUCUGUGUUUUAUUGCUAGUUUAAAUGUAAAUUUAAAUUUGAAUCGAGAUUUCUUCAUUCAUCAUUUGUUCACCUAAACAGUUAUUCUAAUGUACAUAACAUAUAUAUAAAAAUAUAUAUAUAAAUAUAUAUAUAAAACAGGAAAAUGUCAAACAUGCCUAUUGCUGUUAAAUGGUUAACGAAUGGUGUAUUUAAGCAAUAAUUUUCCCUGUUCACACUAUACUAUAUUACAACUUUUACUUUGUGUGUAAUAUUUGUCUGUGUCCAGUAUUAAACCAAUUUUCUAUCCAUGCUAACCAAAUGAAGUGAAGAAUAUGAAAAAGUCUGGAAGACAAUGAGGAUAGCUUACAGAAGAUGCCGACCUGAUAACAAAAAUGUACAAUAUUGUAUUCUGUGUUUGUUUCAGGUUAUCUUAUAUCUUUGUUUGUGAUAAAUCCAGAAUGCUCAGUAUUUCUUUACUUGUUAAUUUGGAAUGAAUAAAUGUGCUGAUUGGAGUGAC